AUGAAGUCGUUAAUCAGUACAAUCAAUGGGAAAUUUCUGCCGGUGUUCAGCCAUCGGGUGUCAGUGAGUCGAGUCUUCUCGAGAACGAGUAGUGUUGCCCAUCGCCAGGGCUUGCCGGUGAGGAGAAAAAUCGGAUGGCUCAAUCUUCACGAAGGGAUUCGAGUCUCACAUCGGUGGAACUGCAGACCUCUGACGACAAUUGUUGUUCGUCAGUUCUCGACGAAAAAGCCUGAUGACCCUCCACCAGAGGCUGAAGGUGUAGAGGCUGAUGCACCCGAGCCCUACCCAGCCACACUGCCAGCCACAGUUGUUGUACCUGAGGUAUGGCCACAUGUGCCACUCAUCGCCAUCAGCAGGAAUCCGGUUUUUCCUCGGUUCAUCAAACUCAUUGAACUGACAAAUCCCAUUCUGAUUGAUCUGGUCAGGAGGAAGGUUAAGUUGAAUCAGCCGUAUGUGGGGAUAUUCUUGAAGAAGAAUGAAGAAAAUGAAGCUGAAGUCGUUCAGAAUCUGGAAGACGUGUACUCAGUGGGAACAUUCGCCCAAAUUCAUGAAGUACAAGAUCUUGGGGACAGGCUGAGGCUUGUCAUCAUGGCUCACAGGAGAAUUAAAAUUGUCAAUCAAAUAUUGGAGGAUUUGGACGUUAAGCCACCACAUGAGAUGAAACUGACGUUUCCACUACUAAAUACUACAAUUAACGUUCCUGUAGACGAGGCCGCGCCCUCAGGGAAGAAAACUCGUCCUUACAGACGAAAGAGGGUCGAUGAAAAAAUUAAUGAGACUCUGGAAACGACUGAGAAACCAGAGGAUAUGAUAUCUGAAACUAAGCCCGAAGAGAAAACUCCCGAGAGCGCUGAUGAAGCAGCUGCAGCUCCAGGGGGUGCUCCACCUGGUGAUAGCACUGCUGGGCAAUCAGUACUUAUGGUUGAGGUCGUCAACAUGACGCAUGAGAAAUUUCGACAGACUGAAGAAAUCAAGGCCCUGACACAGGAAUUGAUCAAGACUAUUCGGGACAUUAUCAGCAUGAACCCCUUGUACAGAGAGUCCCUUCAACAAAUGCUCCAUCAGGGCCAAAGGGUCGUGGAUAAUCCAGUUUAUUUGAGUGACUUAGGAGCUGCUUUGACCGGUGCUGAUGCUCAGGAACUCCAGCAGGUUCUGGAGGAAAUGGAUAUUCACAAACGCCUGAGACUGUCUCUUGCACUGUUGAAGAAGGAGUACGAGUUGAGCAAACUUCAGCAGAAAAUUGGAAGAGAAGUGGAGGAGAAGGUCAAGCAGCAACACAGGAAGUACAUCCUCCACGAGCAACUGAAGGUCAUAAAGAAGGAGCUGGGCCUGGAGAAGGAUGACAAAGAUGCUAUUGAAGAGAAGUACAGGGAGAGGAUCAGACAGAAGACCGUUCCCAAACACGUGAUGGACGUACUGGAGGAAGAGUUGAAUAAAUUGAGCUUCCUCGAGAGCCACAGCAGUGAGUUCAACGUGACGCGAAACUAUCUUGACUGGUUGACCUCCCUCCCCUGGGGUGUAACGAGCCCGGAAAACCUGAGUCUGCAAGAAGCAGUUCAGAUCCUGGAUGAAGAUCACUACGGAAUGGAGGAUAUAAAAAAAAGAAUCCUUGAGUUUAUCGCGGUAUCUCAAUUGAAAGGCACAACGCAGGGAAAAAUCCUGUGCUUCCACGGUCCCCCAGGUGUCGGCAAGACUUCCAUAGCUCGAUCGAUAGCACGGGCCCUGAAUCGGGAGUACUUCCGGUUCAGCGUUGGUGGAAUGACAGACGUAGCCGAGAUAAAGGGCCACAGGAGAACGUACGUGGGCGCAAUGCCAGGAAAGGUGAUUCAGUGCCUGAAGAAAACGAAGACAGAGAAUCCCCUGGUGUUGAUCGACGAGGUCGAUAAAAUUGGUAAGGGCCAUCAGGGGGAUCCAGCUUCAGCACUGCUGGAGAUGCUGGAUCCAGAGCAAAACGCCAACUUUCUGGACCACUACCUGGACGUGCCAGUAGACCUGUCGAAGGUUCUCUUCAUUUGCACAGCAAACAUAGUGGACACAAUUCCAGAGCCUCUUCGGGAUCGAAUGGAGAUGAUAGACAUGUCUGGCUACGUUGCUGAAGAGAAGCUGGCAAUAGCUAAGCAGUACCUCGUGCCACAGGCGAUGAAGGACUCUGGACUGAGUGACGAGCACAUCAAGAUCGAGGACAGUGCCUUGAACACGCUGAUCAAGGCGUACUGUCGUGAAUCUGGUGUCAGAAAUCUCCAAAAGCACAUUGAGAAGGUUUCUCGAAAGGUCGCUUUCAAAGUCGUCAAGAAGGAGGCCGAGAAGGUGGACGUGUCAGCUAAUAAUCUGAGUGACUUCGUCGGGAAACCAGUUUUCACACACGACCGGAUGCACGAUGUAACUCCUGCCGGGGUGGUGAUGGGGCUGGCGUGGACGGCCAUGGGUGGCUCCACUCUCUUCAUCGAGACGACACUGAAUAAACCCUCCAAUUCGAAGAAAUUCGAGGGCUCCUUGGAGAUCACUGGACACUUGGGGGAUGUCAUGAAGGAGUCGACAAGAAUCGCCAUGACAGUCGCCAGGAAUUUCAUGAAUAAUACUGAACCAUCCAACACUUUUUUGUAUGAUUCACAUCUACAUCUGCAUGUGCCUGAAGGGGCGACACCCAAGGAUGGUCCCAGUGCUGGAGUCACAAUUGCCAUUGCCCUGGUGUCACUAGCUAAAAAUCAGCCCAUCAGGCAGAACGUUGCCAUGACUGGGGAAUUGAGUCUCAUUGGGAAGGUUCUGCCAGUUGGGGGAAUCAAGGAGAAGGUAAUUGCUGCCAAGAGGGUUGGGGUUAACUGCAUUAUCCUUCCUGAAGAGAACAAAAAAGACUUCAAUGAUCUUGCCAAGUACAUCACCGAUGGACUGGAGGUGCACUUUGCGAGUACCUUUGAGGAUGUGUACAGAAUAUGCUUUGGAGAACAGGGAGGGGCUGAAAUGUUCUUGAAGGAAGGCGAGGCCAGAGGUGAGAUACCACCUCAAGUUGCCUCUGUUCAUGGUAAGAAGCUGGAGGAUGUCUAACUGGGUUUCUAUUGGUUGACGUUGGGGAUCCAGCACAUUCCGAUAAGCCCUGUUUUACCACUGGAACGUACAUAAUUUUAUGGAUCUACUUAUUUGUGUAUUACCAACUAGUGUUUGCUGUCGAAAAUGAACAGAUGUGUUAUUAAUUUGUUAAUUAAUUAAGGGAAAUACAGUGUAAAUAUUUACAGAUCCAACUUUAUUGUAAUUUCGUCAUGAAAAAAGUGAAUUGCGUAAGAUAAGGCAUUUGAAAUUCUAUGAGACUAGUACUGAAAAUAAAUUUAUUUGUACAUAAAUGAAUACAA